CGUGGGUAUAAUACAAGACCCAUUCCCUUCGUCGCAAUGAUCUCCAUCAGUCAAACAAGUCCUACACAUUCCGAUCUCAUCUCAGAUCAUCGCUACAGAUCAACGAUAAACUAGCUGUCACAAUGUUCUACGCACCACAAUCUUAUGCCUCCGGAUCCGCCGGUCCUUCGCUCUUCGAUCUCUUCGGAGCGGGACAGCAGCGGCCAUAUACUUCUUCGCCAUACCACUACGAGGACGACGAAUACAACUCCGAUCCCUACGAGGACGAGUACGUUUACUCACCUUUCGCACGCCAGAGGCAGCACCGGAAGCCGGAGGUCGAAUACCUCCGCGAUCCAUACACGGGACAAAUCUACGCUCAUCCCCUCGCACGCAAAGCACAACAGUCACAGCCGAAGAAACAGCCACAGGAGUUCGAGACGCAAUACUUCCGUGAUCCGUAUACGGGGCAGAUCUACGCUCGUCAAGUCCCCGUUAAGCGCGCUCCCUCUCCUCGCACUGCGGCUCAGCCAUCACCGAAGCCCCAGGCUCUGACCCAGACCCAGAGACAACAACAACCGAAGAAGGAAGAAGUGAAGAAGGAGGAAUAUUGGGUCCCAACAAUGGACGUCUACUCGAACCCAACCCACCUAACCCUCCACUUCGCCCUCCCCGGUCUCCGCAAAGAUGAUCUCGAACUCGAAUACGACCCUCGCUCCGACCGUUUAUACAUCGGUGGUGUCAUUCACGCACCCCAACAACACUCCUCCUCGACUCCUGAAAUCAAGGAGAGGAAAGUGGGAAAGUUCGAGAGAGUGGUGGAGUUGGAGAGGUACUUGGACGAUGAGGAAGAUGUGGGGAAGAGGUUUGCGCAUGAGGGGGUUGAGGCCAGGGUUGAGGAUGGGGUUGUUGAGAUUAGAGUGCCGAAGGUUGAGGUCAGGAAGCAGAGAGUGUGGUAGACGAAGGAUUCGCGGUGAAGGAUUCGCGAAGUGAAGAGGGCUUGAGGGUGCGAUAUAGCGUUUUUGGGUAACGGUAUGGGUUACGGUUAUGGGUAUUGGAUUUUCUUGGCAUGGUAUUGCAUGGCUUAUAGAAUUGACGC